CAGCAAGCCAACCGCCCGCGCCAUCCCACACCUUGCAUGACGACGUAGUUGGUGUGUCUUGGUUUUUCUGCAGCAGCGAAAAAAACUUGUCUGCCUGCUUUCCUCCUCUUUCCUUUCGUCAUUCACCACUACUUCUACACAUCUACGCUUGCACCAUCGGCGAUUUCCCAUCCCUCGUCGCCUUGAGCAAGCUCCCCUCCAAUACACACUCCCUCCCCCUCUCGAUUUGCCCAGCAUGGGUAUCUCAAGACGUCCCAAGGACAAAGCCGCCAGGAACGCCCAGCAGGGAGCUUCGGGCGGCUCGGCCAAGCCCAAGAAAGCCACUUUUGAGGUCACCAAGAAGAAGGAGAUUGGCGUGUCCGACUUGACGCUUCUCAGCAAGGUUUCCAACGAUGCAAUCAACGACAACUUGAAAAAGAGAUUCGAAGGCGCCGAGAUCUAUACUUAUAUUGGCCAUGUGUUGGUGUCAGUCAACCCCUUCCGCGACCUGGGUAUCUACACCGAACAGGUUCUCGACAGCUACAGAGGCAAGAACAGACUGGAAAUGCCCCCUCAUGUCUUUGCUAUUGCCGAAUCCGCUUACUACAACAUGAAGGCGUACUCGGAUAACCAGUGUGUCAUCAUUUCUGGUGAGUCGGGAGCCGGUAAGACAGAGGCCGCCAAGCGCAUCAUGCAGUACAUUGCCAGUGUAUCUGGCGAGCAGUCGGGCGAUAUUAAGAAGAUCAAGGACAUGGUGUUGGCUACCAACCCUCUUCUGGAAUCUUUUGGUAACGCCAAGACGCUCCGUAACAACAACUCGUCGCGCUUCGGCAAGUAUCUUCAGAUUCACUUCAACCAGAACGGCGAGCCCGUCGGUGCCGACAUCACAAACUAUCUACUCGAAAAGUCGCGAGUCGUUGGCCAAAUCACAAACGAGCGAAACUUCCAUAUCUUCUACCAGUUUACCAAGGGUGCGUCGCGGCAGUACCAGGAGCUUUACGGCAUCCAGAAGCCCGAGACCUAUGUAUACACGAGCCGAUCCAAGUGCUUCGAUGUCGACGGCAUCGACGAUCUUGCCGAAUACCAAGAUACUCUAAACGCUAUGAAGAUUAUUGGCCUUAGCCAAACAGAACAAGAUGAGAUCUUCCGCAUGCUUGCUGCUGUUCUGUGGAUUGGUAACAUUCAGUUCCGCGAGGACGAUCAUGGCUACGCAGAGGUUGCGGACCGAUCUGUCGUCGAUUUUGUCGCGUAUCUGUUAGAGACAACUGCUGAAGAGGUAAUUCAUGGUAUUACUAUUCGUAUUCUUACCCCGCGAAACGGCGAAGUCAUCGAGUCCCCUGCGAACCCGGCGCAAGCUUCGGCCACCCGCGAUGCGUUGGCCAAGGCUAUCUACAACAACCUAUUCGACUGGAUCGUUGAGCGCAUCAACAAGUCCCUCAAGGCCAAGCAAGCGACGACCAACUCCAUUGGUAUUUUGGAUAUUUACGGUUUCGAGAUUUUCGAGAAGAACAGUUUCGAGCAGCUUUGCAUCAACUACGUCAACGAGAAACUGCAGCAGAUUUUCAUUCAGCUCACUCUCAAGACCGAGCAGGAAGAAUACGCCCGCGAAAAGAUUCAAUGGACACCUAUUCAGUACUUUGAUAACAAGGUUGUGUGCGACUUGAUUGAGCAAGUUCGACCUCCCGGUAUCUUCUCCGCCAUGAAGGAUGCGACAAAGACGGCACACGCCGAUCCUGCUGCUUGUGACCGAACCUUUAUGCAGAGCAUCAACGGCAUGCAGCACGCCCAUCUUACUCCUCGCCAGGGCAAUUUCAUUGUCAAGCAUUACGCUGGUGAUGUGUCGUACACUGUCGACGGCAUCACUGACAAGAACAAGGAUCAGCUGCUCAAGGGCCUGUUGAACCUCUUCCAGAAGAGCGGCAACAAGUUUAUUCACACUCUCUUCCCCAACCAGAUUGACCAGGAUAACAGAAAGCAGCCUCCAUCGGCAGGUGACCGUAUUCGAACUUCCGCAAACGCCUUGGUUGAUACUCUGAUGAAGUGCCAGCCCUCGUACAUCCGAACCAUCAAGCCUAACGAGAACAAGUCCCCAACUGAGUACAACGUGCCCAAUGUACUCCAUCAAAUCAAGUAUCUUGGUCUGCAGGAGAACGUGCGCAUUCGUCGUGCUGGUUUCGCGUACCGUCAAGCUUUUGACAAGUUUGUGGAUCGCUUCUUCCUUCUUUCUCCCGCCACCUCGUACGCUGGCGAGUACACUUGGCAGGGUUCGUAUGAAGAUGCUGUUCGUCAAAUUCUCAAGGAUACCAGUAUCCCCAAAGAAGAAUGGCAGCUUGGUGUCACCAAGGCAUUCAUCAAAGCUCCCGAGACGCUCUUUGCGCUUGAGCACAUGAGAGACAGAUACUGGCACAACAUGGCUACUCGUAUCCAGCGUAUGUGGAGAGCUUAUCUUGCUUACCGCGCUGAGUCUGCAACCAGAAUUCAGCGCGUGUGGAGGAAGAAGCGCACUGGUGCCGAGUACCUGCAGCUCCGUGACCACGGUCACCAGGUGCUCCAAGGCCGCAAGGAACGUCGCCGUAUGAGUUUACUUGGCUCUCGUCGCUUCCUCGGAGAUUACUUGGGAGUUAACGCUACUACUGGCCAUGGAUCCCAGAUUCGUCAAGCUGCUAACCUGGGUAGCAACGAGCGUGUUGUCUUUUCUUGCCGAGGUGAAAUCCUGGAAGCCAAGUUUGGUCGUUCUAGCAAGGCUAGCCCUCGUAUUUUUGUUGUAACCAACAACAAGUUCUAUAUCGUCGCUCAGAUGCUUGCCAACGGUCAACCGCAGAUCAUCAUUGAGCGCGCUAUCAACUUGGGAUCCAUUCAGUUCAUCGGAACCUCGACAGCCCGUGACGACUGGUUCUCUCUUGGCGUUGGCUCUCCCCAGGAAGCUGACCCUCUUCUGAACUGUGUAUUCAAGACGGAGCUUUUCACCCAAAUGCAGCGUGUCAUGCCCGGUGGAUUCAAUCUCAAGAUUGGUGACAUGAUCGACUACGCGAAGAAGCCUGGAAAGAUCCAGCAAGUCAAGGUCUUGAAGGAUUCGCAGCAACGCGAGGACUUCUACAAGAGUGGUUCUAUUCACACUCAACAGGGUGAACCUGCCAACUCUGUGUCGCGGCCUAUGCCCAAGGCUAAGCCUGUGCCUCCCAGACCCAUCACCAAGGGCAAGCUCAUCAGACCUGGUGGUCCCAAUGGCCGUCCCUCCAGAAUCACUGGCAACAGAACUGCCCAGCCUCGCCCUGGUGCGGCGUCCGCCACUCGACGUGCGGUGCCCCAACCUCCAUCUGUCAUCUCGGCUGCAGCGGCUACUCCCGUUGCUGCCGCUGCCGUAGUGCCCAGUGUUCUUCCGAGCCACACUAGAAACAACAGCGGCGCAGCUCGUGCUCCUCCUCCUCCCCCUCCCGCUGCACCACCUGCUAAGCCAAAGAUCAUGGCCAAGGUUCUCUACGACUUUGCAAGCAGCAAAGACAACGAGCUUACGGUCAGCGCCGGCGACUUGAUUGAAAUUGUACAAAAGGAGAACAAUGGUUGGUGGCUCGGUAAGAAUGCCAGUGGCCAAGCCUGGGUUCCGUCUGCGUACGUUGAGGAGCAAGCACCUCCUCCCGUUACUACCUCGCGACCUCCACCUCCACCUCCCGCAGCCAAAGCUAAGCCUGUUCCGCCAGCGAAGCGUCCUGCUGGCCGCAAGACUGCCGAUCUUGCCCAAAGAGAUUCUGGCAUGAGCCUCAACGCAGCAAGUGGUUCGGACGGUAGUCGUAGUACAACACCGACACCUAGCUUGGGUGGUUCGUUGGCCGACGCGCUGCUUGCUAGAAAGAACGCUAUGCAAAAGCGUGACGAUGAAGGCGACUGGUAGUUCUGCUUGUUUUGCAACGAUUUAUUGAUUACUAUGUUUUAAUGCGAAAUGAUACGUUGUUCAAUGGCGCGCUUGUUGUUUUUUAAAGUCAAGAGAAAAGAAAAAGCUAUCUUGUCGUAUAUAGACCAAUGAUUUCUUCAGACAGCAUCAAGAACAAGAUUAUAAGCUAAUUGAUUGUCGUCUCUCUAUUAAUGUUGAACUUUGACUCGUUCAUUUUGAAGAAUACACAUUCCGUACUCGUACACCCACCCGUAAAUGCUCACCGUAUCACAACGCCUCUAUUAUGCAAUGCUAAACACCGACUCCUCUUCCUCAUGGCCUUGCUGCCGCCUUCCUUCGUCUAAUCAAUUCUGCCAAUGGUACAUCCUCAUCAUGAGCUGUCGUAAUCCCCUCUACGCGAUCAUCACCAGGCAUACCGUCAUCUACAUCAACGCCAAAAUCGACCAACUUCUCGCCAUCUUCAUUUACCCAAUCCCCGUUCUCAUCGACAUCGCUCGGCAUACCAUAUUCAUCGUCCUCUUCUAGCUCUGCAACCAUCAUGUUCUUGCGGCGCUCAAUAUCUGCAGCCUGUCUCUUUCGAAAAGCUUCCUUGAACUGCUCAUCAUCAUCAUCAAGAGCACGCAGUUCCGCAUCAAAGUCCCGACGACCAGCAGGCCAUGUCCGGGCAGCGCGACGAAUCUUUUCAGGGUCAGGUGGCGGCCACAUGCCCUCUGUUCGAUUGAACCCAUUCUCUUCCCACUCCCAUCCUGUUCGCUUGCCAGAUUUGGAGGUUCCUAUCUUCGGAUUGCCCGCAAACGGGAACAGCCACAUGGGGAAGAAGCUGGUGCCCAUGGCCUGCGACAUGUUUUCGAAGAAGCCAAUAUCGUAUGGGAACUCGACUUUUUCAAAGCGAAACUUUUUGCCGUCAGGCCCAGUCACGUCCCACCAAUCCUUUCCGCCACGCUCGGCAAUGGCCUCGUGGCGGUCCGCCUCCCAGCCUUCAAUGGUGGUUUGGUUGAAUACCCAGUUCUUGGUGGUAGUCACCAGCAUGAUGCCGAGCAGCAGGCUAGUAAAGAAACACACAAGUCCACUAAUUGCUAGCGAUGCCAAUACAGGGAUUGAUGGCCCGAGAUAUGCGGGCAUGUGGCGCUCCUCCCAGAGGGCAUAGAAGCGCUGGAAGACGAGAUAGCAAAGAUACCAGAGCGCAAAGUUGGCGUAGCAGAGAAAGCGGUAGAAGUGGGGGAAAGUCGUCAUGGACACACAAUUCUUAGUCCACGGACAGUGGUGGUCCAUUUUCGGUACGCAUCGCUUGCAAUGGCGGCAGUGAUGCGCUCGGGGAGGCUUGGGGGCAUCGCACUUGUUGCACCAGCGACCCUCGACCUCGAUAAUCUUCUCGUCAAAGACAUAUCUUCCAGGAUCUGUCGUGACAGCCUUGUAGUACGUAUACCAUAGCAGGGCCAGCAGAGUAUUGAAUAUAUAUGUUUCUGAUGUUGACGGCGGGCCGGGCUGCAGAGUUUCGUUGCGGAAGAGGAUCUGGGGGAAGUAGCCUAGGAAUGUGAUUAAUGUGCAAACAGCAGGCACUGCAAUGACUUGGACGACGGCAGAUUCGUUGAAGCCGGCCAUGAUUGCGCGCCGUCGAUAUUUUUGUGUAUUUUAUCUGCGCGGUUGCAGAAUUGAGUGUGUGAAGCGGCCAAGUGGCAGGAGGCAGUGCGACGAAGCGUGACAAUGCGUGACGUCGUCGCCAGGCGGGCGCGCUGUGGAUCCCUGCUUUUUAAC